ACAAUGAACCCUUUGACGAAGGUGAAGCUCAUCAAUGAGCUGAAUGAGCGGAAGGUCCAGCUUGCGGUGGCCGGUGCGGUUUCCUGGCGCUCUGAGGACAAGGACAGCGCCUGGAUCUUCCUGGGAGGCCUUCCUUACGAGCUGACUGAAGGAGACGUCAUCUGUGUGUUCUCACAGUAUGGAGAGGUCGUGAACAUCAAUCUCGUGAGGGACAAGAAGACUGGGAAAUCCAAAGGAUUCGGUUUCCUGUGCUAUGAAGACCAGAGGAGCACAAUCCUGGCUGUGGAUAAUUUCAAUGGGAUCAAAAUCAAAGGACGGACCAUCCGAGUGGAUCACGUGACCAACUAUCGGGCUCCGAAGGACUCAGAGGAGUUGGACGAGGUAACCAAAGCCCUGCAGGAGAAGGGCUGUGGGGCUCACACACCCCCGCCAAGCUCAUCGGAGGGCUCAGACAAUGACAGACCCACAAAGAAGCACAGAAAAGACAAAAAGGGGAAAAAGAAAGGAACGAAAGUCAAAGAGAAGCCUGAGCGGGAGGUCCUGACUGAGCCACUGCCCUCCUCCUCCUCACCCAGCAUCAAGGUGAUAACGGAGGAGCCAGGCUUGAAAAAGCACUGCAGCGAGAGCUCCACCAGGGCGCCCACGGCAGAGGCCAGAGAGGGCCGGAAGCAGCAGCCCAGCUCUCCAGACGGACGACGGGCAGCAGACCCAGAGAGGAAGGAGAAGCCCAGGAUUGAACCUAAGUCUUCCAGCAAGAGAGAAGGAAAAGAGGACAAGAGCCGGGACCGGGACCGGGGCCAGGGCCGAAGCACAGACACUCAUCCUGGCUGGCCCAGCAGUCACAGGAGCCGGAGCCGGGAUCAGGUCUACAGGCACAAGAGGUCCUGGCAUUCCCAGGGUGGUGAGGGCUCCAUCCCCGGGGCCACUGACCCUCGGCCUGCUCAGCCACGUAGGAGAUUGUGA